GUAGGGUACGACAUGUUAGUGGAAUGUGUGUUAGGUCUAGUCUGUGGUACAGAAGCUAAGUUAAUAUUAUUGCAAACACUGGCACUUUAGUACUACAUACUGAAGUGAAGCUAGAAACUGAAAAACAAAACCGAUGAAUUUUUGUGUAUAGUGUUAAUAUGUAUAGUUUUGAAGGAGACUUUAGAAGGCGACCACAAGUUUCUUUGGGUGGAGCUAGCAAGAAGGUUCCUAGAGAUGAGUUACUACAGAGAGCAGCAGUAGAACGUCAUCAGAGAGAGAUGUCGAGGUUAAGAUGGCAGUCUGCUAUCACAAUUCAAGCUGCUGUCAGGGGGCAUUUAGCAAGAGUGAAAGAGAAAGCAAUACAAAGAAAGGAGUUUGAUGAAAUUUGCAAGCUGUGUGGUCAACAGUCUACUGAGUUACAGACUUCACAUAUGAUUAGAACUUUAAUUCAUAAGAUAGGAUUUUUCUACUCGCAUUCAGAAGAUGCAAGCAGAUUGGCUUGGUUAGGGCAAUUAUGUUUGAGAAGUGCUGUACUAUCUCAGAGUUUUGCAUCACAACCAGAUUUGUGGCUUACAGUUAUUCAGAAACUGCUCAAGUUGAAUCUGAGUCACCUAGCAACUGUAGUCACCUCAUCUGCUGCUAUAGCUGUGCCGCUACGCUUGUUGGAAGUGUUCACAGAUCCUAAAAUGUACAUGCAUACAAGUGAAGGGACUACACACACUGUUGUUUCACCUUUGGAAAAGUUGUGGCUUCACCUAACCAGAGAAGGGUAUUUUGGAAAACUGAGAAUUGUAAUGGAAAAUAGAGUUCCGGGCUUUCUUGAACAGUCAGCAACUCCACCCAUACCUCUUGCUGCUUCCCUUCUGUCUCUCAUCAUUAGACCACUUAUUGUGUGUAAAAACUUAAGAUCAAAGAGCUAUGUUGUGUGUAAACUGCUGCAGGAUUUUUUCACAACUCCAUUUUCUCCACAAGUCGAGCUUUUUCUGUUACCAGCUCUUGCUCAGCACUCUGAUAUUUUGGCAGCAGACACGUUGAUAUCUGCUCUUUUGGACACUGAAGGACAUAGUAAAGGAAUGUCUUUAUCACUGGAGCCUACACCAUGGCUUCUGUACAGCCUCCUGUAUCUGAUGUCUUCACAAACAGCUAGUCUCAGUAGUUCGGUUGUUGUGCGCUACCUGAAUGUCCUUCAACAUUUGACAACAGCUUUGCCCUCAGUAUUGGGGUCAGUGGUUGGAAUAACAUCUGAUGAAAGAGAUAGCUUAGAAGAAGAAGACUUAGUAAUGGAAGAUGUACAGAACAAAGAUUCAGAAAAGCUAAAGAAAAUUGCAGAAGACUCAGUAGUUAUGUUGAAUCAACCUAUACAUGUCCAAGUGUUGAUCCAUGAUGCUGAACUGCAAAGCUGCAGCCAGGAGUUUUUGGUGCCUCUGUGUCGUGUGUGCCACGUACUGCUGUCGUACCAUAAACUAGCAAUUCAUCAGUUUAGGCUGUUAUAUACAUUAGCCUUUAAUCCAGGAUUUUUGCGACACUUGUGGGAAUCAGUUGUGACCUCCAGUAUACCUUCUGUGUUUGAUUCCCCCACACCCAUUCUACAGCUGUUAUCUCGAGGUCUUGCACUACCCCAGCCAUACAUGGAAAUGUUUCUUCCUCAGCUGACUGUUUUUUGUGCAUUAUUUAGCCAUUUAAUGCCAACACUUCAUGAAGUAGAAUUUUAUGAAGAUGAAAUAGAUGGAAGUAGUGUCACAAGAAUGCCAUUCAGUCUCUCUGAACUUGUCAGCUUGUCAUUGGCAUUACGAGAUGUUUGUCUUGGUUUGAUAGAACUUGCUUACCCAGAUACAAAGCCUUCUGUUAAUGAGCAUUACAAACAUGUUGUACAAAGUGUUUCUGAAGAAUGUUCUGUGAAUACUCAGCUUUUAGUCCAAGCUUGGCUUCAGUUGUUUAAGGAAGCAGUAGGCUUACUUCAUCAGCUUUAUAGUCGAGAUUCUCAACGACAGUUCUGUCCUCAGAAUCAUUGGAUAGCGAAACAUAUCAGCAUUCCUGUAAACAGGCCAACAGAUUUGCGGUUUGGAAGUAGACGAUCUCGAAGCUACACGCCAUUUGUUGGACUUAGAGCAUUAACAAGAGAACAGUUAGAGGAAGAAGGUCCACCAAUGUCAACAACUGAGAUAAGGCACAUGACUAUUCUGAGGGAGCUUCCAUUUGUAGUACCUUUUACUGACAGGGUAAAGAUAUUCCAAUCAUUAGUGUUGAAGGACAAGGUAGACAACCAAGGAGAGAUGUCUAACUUUUUAAUGGGUCCUUCAAUUCAAGUUCUAAUAAGAAGGAAUUACAUUUAUGAAGAUGCAUUUGACAAACUUUCCCCAGAAAAUGAACCAAACUUGAAGCCAAGAAUGAGGGUUCAAGUUGUUAAUCAAGCUGGUGUAGAUGAAGCAGGUGUUGAUGGUGGAGGGAUAUUUCGUGAGUUUUUGAAUGAGCUAUUAAAAACUGCUUUUGAUCCAAACCGUGGCUUUUUCAAAACUACCCAUGAUCGACUUCUUUACCCUAAUCCAGGAGUCCAUUUGUUAGUUGAAAACUUUACAAAACACUACUACUUUAUUGGCAGAAUGCUUGGAAAGGCAAUGUACGAAAAUAUGUUAGUAGAGCUGCCAUUUGCUGCUUUUUUUCUGGCUAAAAUUUUGGGGAAAGAAACAGCUGAUGUAGACAUUCACCAUCUUGCUUCAUUAGAUCCUAUCAUGUAUAGGAAUCUCCUUUAUCUGAAAACAUAUGAUGGUGAUGUGUCAGACCUGGGUUUAGACUUCACUGUUUUAAACAGUGAGUUGGGAGAAAAUCAGGUGAUUGAGCUCAUCUCUGAAGGAAGCAACACACCUGUUACAGAAUCAAACAGGAUCAGAUACAUUCACUUGAUGGCUGACUACAAACUCAACAAACAAAUUAGACCUCAAUGUGCAGCGUUCAAGCAGGGUUUGGCAAAUGUAAUCAACUUGGAAUGGUUAAGAAUGUUUGACCCAAAGGAACUACAGAUACUAAUAUCUGGUGCUAAUGUCCCCAUUGAUCUAAUUGACCUUAGGAACAAUACUAAUUAUUCAGGAGGAUAUACAGCUGAUCACCCGGUAAUUCAAAUGUUCUGGAAGGUGGCUGAAGAGUUUGACGAGAAAGAACGUAGACAGCUUCUCAAGUUUGUAACUAGUUGUUCAAGACCUCCUCUUCUUGGUUUCAAGGAACUGUCUCCUUCCUUCUGUAUUCAAAAUGCUGGAAGUGAACUAGACCGCCUUCCCACUGCUUCAACAUGUAUGAACUUACUGAAACUUCCAGAAUUUAAAGACAUGGAAACUCUUCGUUUGAAGUUGAUGUAUGCUAUUAAGUCAGGAGCAGGAUUUGAAUUAAGCUAGCCAGAAACAUCACAAGAUAUUAAAAGUUGUUUGCCAUGAAAAACUCCUGUAGAUCCUUCCUGUGAAAAUCUGAAGACCACUUGGCCAUUUCAAGAUAGGACAUCAGAGUAUUCUCCCUAUGAUUAAGCUAUUGAACUGUACAUACAUGAUCAACACCCUUGUAUAAAGCUUGAAAAUAAUACUGGAAGUAUUUGAAAUUUUUUUAAUGUCAUGCCUGUACACAGUAAAUACUGGUUUGAACUAUU